GUGAUUUUUCUCUGUGACGGUUUAACUGCUUUAAACAAGCCUGCAGAUUGUUUUCUUUUAUCCGCUAGAAGCUGCAUUUAAAGCCGAACCAGAACCACCGGAUCUGCAUCCAUGAUCUGCAUCCUGCUCGUAGCCGGACACGGCACCGUUUUAGAGACGCAGAUUAAGAACGAUGAGACGGGUUUAUACGGCCAUCUGACCGGCGUACCAAAAGCUUUGCUUCCUGGGAUCGGAGGAAAGAAGAUCCUUGACUUCUGGUGGGAAACCGUCAACGUGCGGCAGCUCUUCACUGAGGUCUACCUGGUCACCAACGCAGACAAGUAUAAGUACUACGAGCGCUGGGCCACAGCCAACGACUUCCCGGUGGAGAACGUGGUGAACGAUGGCAGCACCACCCUGAGGGACCAGCUGGGGGCCGUGGCCGACCUGGAGCUGGUCAUACGGAGUCGGAAGCUGCAGGAUGAUGUUGUUGUGAUCGCUGGAGACAUGCUGUGUGCUGACCAGAACUUUGACAUCUCCCAGGUCAUCAACUUCUUCAGGUCUAAGCCUGGAGAGUUGAUCAUCUACUACGAGCUGGAGGACGGAGAGAGGAGCAGCUCCAGGGGGAUUGUGGAGGUCUGUCCUGAGACCCACAGGAUAACUCGCUUCCUGGAGAAACCAGAGGAAGGGCGAACGGCGUCCCGGCUGGCCAGCGUGGUUUUCUACUGCAUCCGGAAAGAAACGCUGGCCUACAUGCCCGAGUACCUCAGGCUGCAGCCCGGGGCCGCAGAGAGGACCUUCGGACUGUUCUGGGUUGGUUCUUCUGGUCACAGGUCAGGAGUGUUCGGUCGUAAAGGUUGCAGCUUUAAAACGGUGUGCAUGUCUGACCAGCUGCUUUCUUUGGCCUCCCCUCAGGGCCUGUCGGACUACACCAAGUGGCUCACCCACUACUCCACCAAGAAGCAGGACGGGGUCGCCAAACCGAUCAGCUGCCGGUCGUACGCCAGGGUUGGACUGAUGGGAAAUCCCUCAGACGGCUUCAACGGGAAGACCAUCGCCAUGACGAUCUCCAACUUCUGGGCCGAGGUCACGCUGGUGGAGAGCCAGACUCUGGUUUUGGUCGCUCACCCCCUGAACGACCCCACAGAGUUCGGCAGCCUGCAGGACCUGUUCUGCAUCAGCAGGAGGGAGGGGUAUCUGGGAGGUCUGCGGCUGCUGCAGGCCACCUGUAAGAAGUUCUACCAGUUCUGCUCCAAACGAGGCAUCGCUUUGACGAAGCAGAACUUCACCCUGAAGUACGACACCAACAUCCCCCGUCAAGUGGGUUUAGCUGGAAGCAGUGCCAUCGUUUCAGCGACUCUGAAGUGUCUAAUGAGGUUCUACAACAUCACUGCUGCUGAUCUGCCUGAACCGAUCCGAGCCAACUUCAUCCUCAGCGUGGAGACGGACGAGCUCUUCAUCACGGCCGGCCUGCAGGACAGAGUGGUGCAGGUGUACGAAGGCCUGGUCUACAUGGAUUUCAGCAAGCAGCUGAUGGAUGAGCAGGGCUAUGGAAACUACGCUCCCAUGGACAUGAGUGACCUUCCCCAGUUCUGGCUGGCCUACCUGAGCGACCCCAGCGACUCUGGACGCAUCCACAGCAACAUCCGACAGCGCUGGCUCAGCGGUGCGUCCUCCGCUCUAACCUAAGCAGAGCCUUUUUCUCCCCUCAGAGCAGCGAUCGUAGAGAGGAACUGGUCCCGUCUGGCACAGCUGAUGGACCAGAACUUUGAGCUCCGCAGGUCGAUCUACACCGAUGACUGUCUGGGUCCCGGGAACCUCAGGAUGGUUCAGCUGGCCAGACAGUUUGGCUCAGCAGUGAAGUUACCUGGAAGCGGGGGGGCCGUGGUGGGGCUGUGUCUGGACCAGGCAAAGCUGGUGGAGAUGCGGCAGGCUUUCCAGGAGGCAGGCUGCGUCUUCUGUGUCAUCGCCCCCUACGACCCGUCUGAGGCCCUCAGCAGCCACCCACCGCUGCCCAGUGAGGCCCCCCGGGGCCAAACCCCGGCCACCGAUAGGAAGUGACGCUGUGAUUGGUGUGAAAAGGACUCAGCAGAUCCAGAUCCGCUGAGUCCUGCUGAAUGAGGAACAUCAGUUAGAGGACAUUCUUUAAACUGGACCGGAUCAAAUUAUUGUGAAAAAUGUAAAAUGAAUCAUUAUUUUGUAUAGGCGGUAUUUCUUCCCAGAUGUUUGUUUAAUUUUAUAUCCAAAUAAAGCCGAUUUCAGCAGCUUUUUCCUUCGGUUCUCGGUGCGGCUCUGUGGGUCCGCUCCUUUUAAAGGCUCGCCUGUCGUUUCCUCUCCUCCUGUGGGCGGAGAAGCAGCCGCUCUCCGCUCCCUCACUGCUCCGCGCUGCUGCUCGGCUCCUGCGGACCCUCCCGGGGGGCUCAUGGACUAACCGGGGCUCUGACCCGCCCGCUCUAACGGACUCUGUGUCGGACCGGACCAUGGCGGCCAAGGAGGACCUGUACAGCAAGAUUCUCCCCCGGAGGCUCCGGCAAAGCCGGCGGGGUUCGGUGAAAUCCAGCUCCAACCUGGACGUGCUGUUAUCCAUGGGCUUCUCCAGGCACAGAGCACUGAAGUCUUUGGUGUCGACUGGAGGCCGGAGUGUCCAGGCAGCUUGUGACUGG